UGCAAAAGUCCCUAUGAGAGAAAUUAAUAACACAACCCGACUGGAGCUGGAUUUUUCCCGGAACACCGUUCGGAUCGAAUCUAAAAGUGCUCUGAAGGUCGGUGUAGCGCUGAGAAAGACAGAGGGAGCUUCCCCACCGACUCUAUGAAGGGAGGGGAGGGGGUGGGGGGGUCCGCCUACCAGACCACAUGCGUGAACUGCAAACAGAUCGACUUUAUGAUUGAUGAGGAUAUAAGAGUGGACGUGCUACACGCUAAACAAAGAAACGUACUGCAUCCUCUGAGAGAAGAACUUUAAUGGCUUCCAGAUAGAAAGUGAGAGACAGAAAUCAAGAUGAACUCGAUUCCUUCGAUGGACAGACAUAUACAGCAGACCAAUGACAGACUGCUGUGUAUCAAACAGCACUUACAGAACCCAGCCAAUUUCCAAACUGCAGCUACGGAGCUGCUCGACUGGUGUGGCGACCCGCGAGCCUUCCAGAGGCCCUUCGAACAGAGCCUGAUGGGAUGUCUGACGGUGGUGAGUCGUGUAGCAGCACAGCAGGGUUUCGACUUGGACCUGGGCUACCGGCUCCUGGCCGUGUGUGCAGCAAACCGGGACAAGUUCACCCCAAAAUCAGCAGGUUAUGAUAUUAUUCUUAUGCUCCAGCAAGGAUGA